AUGGCAAUGUUGCAGAGCCCUUACGAUUCAGGCGAAACUGGAAAGUACAGGAGACUUGCCACUGCUCCCAGAGUGAAGAGGAGCACUGGAACUGGCAGGAGUUUCAUGGUGGAGCUGGGUGAUCCCAACACGGAGGGCGCGAUGCUGUCAAGAGAUGGGAAAUACGCCAUCGCAGCCACUAAUGCGGCAGCUUUUGCUCGAAAAAAGGAAGAAAAACUUCCCGUCAUGCCACAGGAGCCAUCGUCCUCCUCCUCCUCCUCCUCUUCCUCCUCCUCCUCCUCCUCCGCUGUUCCGAUUCCCGAGGAGCUGCUGUGUCCCCUCUGUAAAGAGUUAAUCACGGACGCAGCUGUUAUUCCCUGCUGCCGAAACAGUUACUGCGAGGACUGCAUUAGAAGAGCACUGCUGGAGUCUGAGGAACGUCAGUGCCCAACGUGUCAUCAGACAAAUGUUCCUCCCGGCUCUUUAGAGGCCAACAAGUUCCUGCGCAAGGUCAAGAACAGGUUCUUCCCGCUCGCGCUCCCCAUCCCGAUCACUCCAUGGCCGUCGCCGUUCCAGAUCCAGGUCUCGUGGCCGUCGCCGUUCCAGAUCCAGGUCUCGUGGCCGUCGCCAUUCCAGGUCGAGGUCUCGUGGCCAUCGCUGUGCACGGUCGAGGUCACCCCCAUGCAGAAGUUUCUACCCACAGUACAGGGCUCAGGGCUGGCACCUGCUCUGUUUGGCAUCUUUGUCAAUGACCUGGAUGAGGGGAUGGAGUGCACCCUCAGUGAGUAG